AUGGCGGCGCGCGCUCUGUUGAUGCUGCGGGAGGCCUCCCCGUGGGCGCUGGCCGGCGCGGCCGCGGCCGCGGCGCUGCUGUGGCUGGUGGCAUGGACGGCGGAGUGGGCCUGGUGGACGCCGCGGCGGCUCGACCGGGCCCUGCGGGCCCAGGGCCUCAAGGGCACCCGGUACAGCCUCUUCACCGGCGACCUGAGGGAGAACGCCCGGAUCAACCGAGAGGCUCGCACCAAGCCGCUGCCGCUCGGCUACCACGACAUCGCCCCCCGCGUGCAGCCCAUGCUCCACAGAGCCACCAAGGAAUACGGGAAAAUGUCGUUCACUUGGUUCGGCCCAAUACCGAGGGUGAUGAUACCAGACCCGGAGUUAGUCAAAGAGGUUUUGUCUAACAAGUUUGGCCACUUUGGCAAACCAAGGAGUAGCCGUAUCGGAAAGCUGCUAGCCAAUGGGGUUGUCAAUCAUGAUGGCGAGAAGUGGGCAAAGCACAGGAGAAUUCUCAACCCUGCCUUCCACCAUGAGAAAAUAAAGCGGAUGCUGCCAGUAUUUUCUGCUUGUUGCGCUGAAACCAUUACUAGAUGGGAGAAUUCAAUGCCUUCUGAGGGGCGCUAUGAGAUAGAUGUCUGGCCGGAGUUCCAGAAUCUCACUGGAGAUGUUAUCUCAAGAACUGCAUUUGGUAGCAGCUAUCAGGAGGGGAUGAAAAUUUUCCAACUGCAAGGAGAGCUAGCUGAACGCCUUGUACAGUCUUUCCAAACAAUAUUUAUCCCAGGAUAUUGGUUUUUGCCCACCAAAAAUAACAGAAGGAUGCGAGAAAUUGAUCGGGAGAUCCAAAAAAUUCUGCGUGAAAUAAUUGGGAAAAGGGAGAAGGCCAUGAAAAGUGGCGAAACAAAUAAUGAUGACUUGCUGGGCUUAUUGCUGGAGUCAAACAUGAAUGAAUCGAAAGGGAAUGCAAAGCUGGGAUUGUCAACAGAAGAUGUGAUUGAGGAAUGCAAGCUAUUUUACUUUGCCGGUAUGGAGACAACAUCAGUCCUGCUUACUUGGACUCUCAUUGUGCUAAGCAUGCACCCAGAAUGGCAAGAGAGGGCAAGAGAAGAAGUGUUGAAUCACUUUGGAAGAGUCAAACCAGAUUUUGAUAGCUUGAGCCGCCUGAAGACUGUAACCAUGAUUUUGUACGAGGUCCUUAGGUUGUACCCGCCGGCAACCUUUCUAGUCAGAAGAACAUACAAGGAAAUGGAGCUCGGCAGCAUCAGAUAUCCUGCCGGAGUGAACCUCCUGCUGCCCAUUCUCUUCAUUCACCAUGAUCCGGAGAUUUGGGGAAAAGACGCGAGCGAGUUCAAUCCUGCAAGGUUCGCUGACGGCGUCUCCAACGCUACCAAGCACCAGGGCUCCUUCUUUCCGUUCGGAGGGGGUCCCCGGAUCUGCAUCGGCCAGAACUUCGCGUUGCUGGAAGCGAAGAUGGCGCUGUGCACCAUCCUCCAGCGCUUCUCCUUCGAGCUCUCGCCAUCCUACAGCCAUGCGCCGUACACCGUGAUCACCCUGCACCCUCAGCACGGCGCUCAGAUCAGGCUGAAGAAGCUCUGA